AUGGGCGGGCUGUGGCGCUGCCUGGAGCGCGGUGAGUACGGGCAGCUGCGGGGGUGCCCGCUCUUCGAGAGCGACUUCCUGCAGGUGACCAAGAGUGGGGAUGCGGCCUCCCGUGUGACCGUGGGCAUCGCGGCCACCAGCCCCCGCCUGGCGCUCCCCGACCUCAUGCUGCUGGCGCGGCCGGUGCAGGCGCUGGGAGAGCUCGAACUCUUCGGGCUGCUGCCACUGCAGUUCGUGCGCCUCUCCCUGCACAGCGAGAAGCGGCACCAGCUCAAGGUGAGCUUGGCCUCGGGCCGCACCUUCUACCUGCAGCUCCUGGCGCCGCGCCGGCGCCUCGAGCGCCUCUUCGGCCGCUGGCUCCGGCUGCUCUACCUGCUCCGCUACCCGCGCCCGCCUCGGCCCCACGGCACCUCCCCACCCCACGGGGAGCAUCCGGGACCCCCGAGCCCCGGUCGCCACCCGCAGCCGCUUCCCCCGCCUCCGAGCUGAGCUCUGGGCACAAGGAGCU